GCAAACGUACGUACGAGUCCAUGAAUAUUUGGCUUUUCGCGCGUCUUCCUCCAACUAUCGCCCGCCCGUCCACCUCCACCACGAGAUUCGACACGCCCAGCACGUUCACCCGCGCGGCGGCCGACGAACCGCUACGUGCUCCAUCGAUGAUCGGCACAUUCAGGUCCUCCGUGAAAGAUGCAUAUGGCGCCCACCUGCCGUUGUCGAGGUUGAAGUCGCGAUAGGGUUCGGCGCGUCUGGGGCAGCUUUCCAUGCUCGUGAACACCGCCCGUCGACAGGGCCAUCUGGGCGCAGCACACCAGCUGCGCCUCGCCGCGUCCGACUGCGAUACCGGUUGUAAACGUGAAAGAGAAUACGGCUCAGGCGAGGACCCGGUAUGGCGUCUCUCACGUCGGCUUCAAAAGAGACAUACCGCCAAAACGCGUCACAGCGAGCCGGUCGGCGAGGAGCUACGAGACCUUGCGGCGGCUGUCUCAGGUGCGGCUGUCUCAGGUGAGAUAGUCGGGGCGCAGGGG